CCCCAUCGCGUCCUCUCGGGAGGAAGGAUUAUUGACUUGCCAGCCUGUCCACCGCCGGCCCAAAUUUCGCCUGCAUCUACCAAGUGGAACGACCGUUGACCUUGUAUGUCGUCCGUUGAAAAGAUCACGAGCAGCGUGGGCAAGGACUCGCCCGUGGUCGACGAGAAGGAGAAGACGUCGGUUGACGUGCACGACGAGGGCUCGAGCCAGGAUGAGCAGGCCCUAGUGCUGGGAUACUCGACCCCCGGCCUUGCGCCGAAGCCGAGGCUCCCGUAUUGGUGGCAACUUGCCGUGAUCGUCUUGACGUGCUUGUGUACCUUCGGGAACCAUUGGUCAAACGGUCUCAUUGUGUCUCUCAAGACGACGAUCAUUAAAGAGACGAAGAUCAACAACUCCCAGUUUGCCACCCUGGUUGCCGUCACGAACCUCGUCAAUACAUUCCUCUGCAUCGGCCUCGGCUUCACCAUCGACAGGUUCGGCGGCGCGAGCAUGUCCGUCAUACUCGCGGCCUUCCACUUUGCGGGCGCGGUCGUCAUGUCUGGGGCUGCGACAAACAACCUCAAUAGCUACCCACUCCUUAUUCUCGGCAAAGUCAUCGCUGCCAUCGGCGACGGCUCGCUCGACAACGCCCAGCAUCGGAUCUUUUCGACGUACUUUGCACCCGGCAGGGGCUUCGCGUUCUCCAUCGGUUUGAUCUGGUCCAUCGCGAAUCUCGCCCAGUUCACCGGCCAGUCAACCGCGAACGUCAUCACGGUGAACCUCGGCUCGUACGCCUGGGCGCUGUGGAUCUCGUCCGUCAUCUCCGCGUUCUCGUUGAUAUGCGCCAUCUCCAUCUUCUUCCUCGACCGCUACCUGCGCGCGCGGUACAACGUCACGGACCAGACGAAUGGUCGCCGCCACGUGGGCGACCACGCGCGUCGCGGAUUCGACUUCAAGGCUAUCAAGUACCUUCCGGCGACGUUCUGGCUUGUCGUGCUGUUUGCCGUCUUCGAGAACGCGGGCGUGCAGUCGUUCGUUUCUAUUUCGACGCAAUUCGCUCAGCAGCGCCUGAAGAAGGGCGCGGUCAUUGGCGGAUGGGUGUCGAGCUUCUACCUGCUCCUUCCUGCUGGCUUGACCCCUUUCUUGGGCAUCUAUAUUGAUGUCUUCGGACAGCGCAUUACCUUCCUGUUCUUGUCCGGUCUCACUUUCCUCAUUUCCAUGCUGCUUUUGAAGUUCUCUCACACCGUUCCUACCUUCGUCGCUGCGUACGUUUUCUAUGCUUUGUCUCAAGCUGUCACGCCGGCACCACAGGUGGAGAUCAUCCGUAACAUCAUUCCCGACCCUCAAUACUUCGCGACCGGCUUUGCCAUCAAAAAAUCCGUUGUACAAGCCUCCAUCGUCAUCAUCACCACCGCCGCCGGCAGGCUACAAGACCUCUCCGCGACGGACUCGCUCGACCCGGCCGUCUCGCUCUGGCUCGCCUAUGCCUUCAUCUCCGUCGCAGUGUCGGGCUUCAUGCUCGCCAUGGCGUACUUCGCGCCAAACGUUUUCCCCGCGGCGAGUCUCUCACAAGUUGCACCGCGUGACCUUCCCGGGGCCGUCGACAAGCUCGCGGCGGUGCGGGGCCUCACCGUGCCCAAGGUUGACCCCGCGGCUGAGGGCGCCAACGAGACGAAGGAGAAGGAGAAGAUCCUGAAGUCGCCGAAGGUGACCUUGGGAUGGGUGCCCUGGGCGUACUCUGCGGUGUCCCUCGCGGUUAUAUUCAUAGGGUGGAUCAUGUUUGGUCUAGGAGUUGGAUGGGGCGUGCACGGGAGUGUUGUCGCGGGUACCGUCGGGGAAUGA